CAAAACCCUGCCUCUUCGCUCAUUAACCCAAUGAGUCUCCCUCAGAGUCUUUAAAUUUAGCUGUUGAGUUUCUUCUGCGUGAACUGUGAUAGCAGGCAAAGAGAUUGGUAGUUUGGAAAAGUGAGCUGGGGGGGAGAUAUGGAUCGGUUUUGUUGUCAGGUUUCCCCGCUAGACCCUCUGAGUCUGACACAGCCACCGUUGUACUAUGAUAUGGAGAACCUGAUAGGAAAAAUGAGCAAAUCUGUCCCUCUGAUUAUAAACGACAAUGUAAACGCGAAAUGGAACAGGUUCCAGGAAACGGCAUAUAGCGCAGAUACUGAUAGAGAAUCCAGCUUGCGAAACAGACCCACAACAAACUUUUUCUUCGACGAAGGAUUUUCUGACAAUGCCUUUGAGAAUGACAAUGAGGAUGAUGCUGAACUUGAUGAGUGGACCCCUCCAGACUCUGAUCUCAUCCAAAAGAUGGUCUCUCAGAUAGAGUAUUACCUGUCUGAUGAAAACCUGGUCAAGGAUGCUUUUCUUUUGAAACAUGUAAAGAGAAACAAGAUGGGUUAUGUUAAUAUAAAACUACUGACUUCUUUUAAAAAGAUGAAGCACUUCACAAAGGACUGGAGGGUUACAGCCUUUGCUUUGCGCCACUCGGCAAAUCUGGAGGUCAAUGAGGAAGGAAAUAAAGUCCGUCGGAAGGUUCCGGUGCCAGAAUCCCUCCUAACCCAGGUGCCAAGCAGAGUCUUGCUGGUAUGGAACCUACCAGAUGCUGCCACCGUUGACAAUCCCAGUACCCUCAAGACAAACAGCAUUGAAUCAGCUGUUGUGAUACUUGGGGCUUUUGGUACCAUUAGCACACUCCGAAUCAUUCGACCUGGGAAGGACCUUCCUACAGAGAUCAGAAAGUAUGCAUACAAGUACCCUGAGCUUGGAUCCAAAGAGUGUGUUCUGGUGGAGUAUGAGGAUCUGGAGGCAGCAGGAAGAGCCUACCAUGAGCUCUCUGGUGCCCACAGCACUAUGAAGGUGCUCCUUGUAGGGAAGGGGUCCAGGAAAAAGGCUUCAGCUGAAGCUAGUGCUAUAGAAGACAGGGCCAUUGCAAAAGGCACGACUGCACUUGGCAGGAGAAUGGAACAGCUGCAGAAUGGAGGUGAAGACUCCUCUGCCUACAGCUCUUCUGAGUCCGAGUGCACUCCCUCAUCUCCCAUGCCCACACAGCAGCUUUAUCAAAGCCAGGUCCUCAGCCCUUACAGUAACCUCCUCCUGGGAAUGUCCCCAAGGUCAAAUCCCAGAAGCAGCCCGUGGAGCAGCCCCCGUUCCAGUCCCAGGAUCCUCCAGCCGGCCCCGGCAGUGCACCGCGUGUCUCCGCUCUUGGCCUCCGAGGUGUGGAAGAGCCCGGAAACCAGUCCGGAGCUGUGUAGGCGGUACCUGGAUUACUCUUCUGACAGUAGCAGCAACCCUGGAAGCCCCUGGGUGCAGAGGCGCAAGCUGGCAGCAGCAAGGGCCUCUUCUCUGGAGGGCAGCCCAAGGCAGAGCCCUCUAGUGUUAAAGAGGGUCUUAAACGGGGAAUCCCUUCCUCCUGGGGUCAUUCGCUUUCCCCAUGGGCCUGAUGGAACUAAAGGGUUCCACAAUAGUAUUGGGAGAGGGAAACUUAUCUUUAAGUAGAUGUACUUCUCCAACAGGGGACAGUAUUAAGAUUGUAGACAGUAAGGCACAUCUGGAUUAUGCCCGUUCUUGGCUUAAAUUGCAAGUUCCCAGUCACAUUUCUCCCAGGACCUAGAACUUGCUACAGAAAUUCUAUAGCUACCAGGAUUUUGUUUUACCAAGGCACUAGGUUACCUGCCCAGUAAUCUAUAAAUCGCAUUGAGAUUGUACCAGCAACUAGGGAUACCCGGUAUAAGCACCCAGCAACCUACAGGGACAAUUUCAUUCAUAGAAGGAAUGGAAAUGGUGCAGUUAAGCACAAUAAGCAUUUCUUUCUAUUGGGUGCUGUUCAUUAUAUGAAUUGGGUUUCAGUGGUUGUGGUACUGCCUUCUGUAUUUUUCCCAUCUUGAAAAUUAAAUUCUACACUAGACAUUCCUUUGUAGUCAUCAAACGCCUUAAGUAAAAUUAGCUUUAGUCAUGAUGGUUAAUCAGAAGGAAUACACAAUGCAGGGCAGCUUAGCUCCUAAGAGCCAUCAGGAUAUGAGCUCUGAGCUGCAUUGUGUAAAUGACAUUUCAGGGGUAUACACUCUUAAAGAUCACGUAGUGUGGGUCAGAGCAGUGUCACAAAGCUACCUACUGAAGUUGUUCAGUAUGGAUGCUGCUCUGUGAGGAGACACAUUCACACAUUUUUGAAUCAUUUACAUUUUUGCCAUUGUCCUCCUUUUUAUAGCUCUAAAAGCUGAGUAGGGCUUUGGUAAGCACAGUUUAAUUCAUAUUAACACAAAUUAUAUGGCUUUGGAAUGAAACUUUUCACCCUAUUUCUGUGAAAAUGUAAAAAGCUAUCUUGUUUAGAAUAUGGGAUUUUUGAUAUGGCUAUAUUAAGAGGAUCAAUAUUUUCACAGACUGGAUUUUUUUUUUGUAAUACAUGUAAAACUUGAAAAUGCUCUCUAAAUCCUCUAGUAUAAAGGAACAAUUAUGAAACUAGUUACAUAGUUGUUUCCAUGACUACUUUUGAAGCAGGAUUUAUUAACCCCUACUCUUUUGAUGACAAGGACCUCAUUAUGGAAUUAUUUUCUGAUUACAAAAGCUAUGUCAUGAAGAAAUAAUUGUAAUUUAAGAGGUGUAUAUUUUGCUCUCUGCUAAUGUGAAACAAAUAUAAUGAAAAGAUUAUUUGUAAUAUCUGUGGUACUCAAAAUAAAAUGCAA